CCCCCCCCCCCCCCCUCCCCGCCCCCGCCCCCGCCCCCGCCCCCGAUCCAACCUGCUUGCUUUUCCCCAUCUCCCUUUGCCCACCUCUUGUAAGCCAUUCAUGAAGCCUGCCCUUUCUUGGAUUCGUCCAUCGACCGGCCAGCAGGUGCUCCUCUCAUCGGCUUGGUCGAUCGGGGGACGAUUGGCCAGUUUGGUCAGCCGCUCGGCGGUGCGGCCGGAGGAUGGCAGCAGAGCCGAGCCCCCAUUGGACCUUGACCACUUGGCAGCCCUGUCGAGCCUGGACUUGGGGGCCAUGCUCCGGGCGGACCGGGACUCCCUGCCUGCGCUUGAAUCGGCGGCCGAUUUGCGCCGGCAUUUUGAGGAUCGCAUCCGCCAGGACAUUGCCCAAAUUCGCCAAUGGACCAAGUCCGCGCAGGCUGCCGCCGAGGAGCUUCCCCCGGAGGUCGGCCAUCAGGCUCUGGUCGAUCGGCUGUUGAGGCAUGAUGUCGCCCGAGCCUUGCCGUUUGAUUUGCUGGAGGACCCCGCGGUGUGGACGGGGUCCGGCAAGACCGGCGACGCCAGUCCUUCGGAGUUGCCAGGGCUGCCCAGCCGGCGGACUGGUCUACAUGUGGAUCCGGUGGAGCAUGCGGCAUUGUCGGCCGGCAGGUAUGUGCUGGCCUCGUUGCCGGUGGCCACGGCUGGUGCCGGGAGUUUUGGUGAUGAGGAGGAUGAGGGCUAGCAUUUUUCUCCCUUCCCCCCGCCCCCCUGUCUAUAGAUGUGUGUAUGCA